GUUCGGGACUGAUCCGUUUGAAUCGCGUGACCUUCUACUAGAGGCUUACUUUUAUGCUUUGGGAUCCUGCCUUGCUGCCCCGUCUGUCCACCGAAUAUGCGCGAGGAUUUUUGCCGAGCGCUACCGACUGCAGCUUUUACACCUUACAGUUUAGCCCUGCCACCUCCGGCUCCGUCAUCUAUUAAAAGAAUACUUCCUACUCUUAUCAGUCUGCGAGUGCUUUUUUCUGACUAAAGCUUCAAAUAAUUGCCCUAAAUUCAUACGUGAUGGGAUACCUAAGGCACCAACAAUAAUAUCUGAGUAAAAAUGACUUUGUAAAAAAGAUGGACAGAAAAAAGAAAGCAGAUCCUCAUCCGACGUCAACGGGAGCACCUUGCUUAAGCAGUCACUUUUCUACACACAAACAACGGGUCACGAGCACCCACGCCUUGUCGGUUGACACACGGGAAAAUCUGGUAGCUCUCAGAAGUUGGAACUUGACCACAUGCAAAAAAGAGUGUCCGGGGCGGGAAGCAGAACUGUUGAUUUUGCUGGAACGAAAUCUGAAUCAGACUGUUUCGUCGUGACGGAAAAGGUUUGGCAUCUUCGUUCCCAUAGUAUGGUGUCUUGCCCCACCGUAUGCGCAUUCAUACUAGGGUGGACGAACGCGGCGUGCACACGCUGCGUUCGCACGCGUUUUCGUCUGAAAGCACUUACCCUGAGCGCUGUUGUCGUCACGUUUUUGCGGAAGGGCCGAAACACUUGAACACAUGCAGAUGCGUGACAUUUCGACGUAAAUCUUGAAGAAAAUAACGGGAGCGACGCGGAGACCGAUCAGACAUCCACCGCCUGUAAAGCUGCUGGGGUGCUGUGCUGGCUUGCGGCUCCUUCGGGGACGCAUGCGACAAGACAACACUUUCACGUGAGAAACCCGUUUGCAUCCGGCAGCCUGACUUUCCCCACCGUUUUCUUCUUGGUCACAGUGUUCUCCUUUCGACUUCAGGCGCUGGAAACCGGCUUCUCCAGUUCUCGUGUGUGCUGCCUUACACUGAACGCCUCUCUCCGUUUCCCAAUUCUUGAAGACGAAGAAGCUUUAAAGCCCCCUCUUGCUCCCUUCCUGCCUUGUCUGAAACCCCAAAGUUGUCUCAGAAGAUGGUUCUCGUUCUUUUGUGCGUUUUUGAAUCGGCUUAAAAUCACGUUGCGAGUUCAGAACCGUCGCUGGAAUACGAGUUCGUGCGUCAGGUUUGUGCCUUUCUCAUCUGCCGUUUUCAGGCGUUCUUUGCCUCGACCGGUUCCUUUCCCUUCGCUUUUCGGCGGCCGCAGUGCUUGGUAUUCCCUUCCUUGUGUCGCUCGCGCAAAAUGCCCUCUCGAGUCCUGGACCGCAGAUAGACAGCAGCCCGACAACUAGCUGAACUGACGGGCUUCGGUGUCUGUCCACUGUGGCGAAAAAAAGCCUGGAGCCUCCGUUUCGCCUUAUCUGCGCACCCCCACCAGUCCAUUUGAAAGGGAUUUUCGUCUCUUUCUGUGUGUCCAGUCUUCUGCUGAAGGGACAUGCGCUUUGGAGUGGUGACGUUUGACGCUUUUCCAACCUGCAGGGUCCCCGGCCUGCGGAGACACAAGCUUCUCCUCUGCCCUCAUGCCACUCGCGCGUCUUCCUCGUCCCCGAUCCCGAAACGCGGCUUCACGCAGUCUGGUGCCCGGCGCUGCGGCGAGGGGACGGUGUGUGUGCAGCCACCGUCCUGCUUCGACUUUCUCGGCGCGGACUUUCAAUUUCGCCUAGAAGGUCGCCGAUGUGGAACAGCCGGUGGCCCGGAGAGAGUUGUCUGGGUGGGGUCGAUCCAUCGAACCUGCGGCCGCGCCGGUCUCGCUCUCAGGCACUCGUGUGUCUACGAGGACCGAUGGAGUUAAGCCAAUAGAACUUGGGUCGCGCAAUGAAGCAAGACCUUCGCAGGACCUGAACGACGAGUUCUGCUUGUAACGCGCGAUGAGAGGGUCUCAGCUGUGCUCUGCUUCGCCUCUGGAGGACGAGGCGCUCCUGCUAAGCGACGACGUCUGCCUGUUGCGGCCGUCGCCGCCGCUGAUGCUGCGGAGUCGAGAAAACUCGCAGAAUACAGACAGCCAAGGCGCCUAUCUUCAGAACUUCUCUCAGUCGCAGUGGACGCUCGACAGCACCGCACACGGAAGCUACGCGUUUUGGAGUCAGACUGGACCGCGAGACGGUCGGCUGGACAGCCAGUUCGCUGACUCCCCUGGAGACGGUGUGUACGGACACCGGGUGUGGCCGGAGCGGACGAACGCGAAGCGUCGGAAGGAGGAACUGACACAUGACGAGAAACCAGGCUUUUCUCCCCAAGAAGAACAGGAAAACUCCUCCACUUCCUUCCCGGCGUCCUCCAUAUCUACGGAGAACGAAGUGGGUGGCCUCUCGGCUUGCCGCCGCUCUUCUUGCCCGUCUUCCUCAUCUUGUCUGGGUGUUCCGGGCGGAGGCGACGGACGCGCGUUGCCCUCCGCAAAAUCGUCGUCCGACUUUUCGACACACGAAACAGCGCGGGAUGAAGAACCAAGUGCCUCUUCUCCUCCCGCGGAGAGACGGUCUCAACCCUUCUCGAGGGCAGGGAUAGCCGGCGCAGGUCCAGCAGCGGCGGCGCCUGCAUCGGCGCUUCCGGCGUCUGUACACUCACGGUUCGCUGUGAGUCGCCACCAGGCAAGUCGGCCGCUGCGCGUCGUCUGCCGUGGACAUGGAGAGGAAGAAAUUGCACAGGGAGAAAGAAGAGGCAACGCAGCCCAAACAGGAGACCGAGACAGAGGCCGGAUGCGCCGCGCAGGGGAGGCGCGGAAAGGGGCAGGGAAACCGUGUGUGCGCAGAAAAGUGAGAGAGCGAGACUCGCAAACCGGAGUUAUUCUGCAACACUUUCAAGGCCUCGGCUUCUCGCAAAUCGUGCACUCUGAAGAUGAAAUGGAGGAGGAGGAAAGUGAACUCGAGGGAAGUCAAGAAGACCUCAGAGAGGAGGCAGCAGAGGCGACGAAGGAAAGUGAUGUGAACCCAGCAGCGGAGAUCGCGAGGAAUGACGAAAAAACAGGGCAAGAGGACAGCGACUCCGAAGGUGUGCUUCCUGUCGAAGUUUCCCCGUCACGGCAGCCCUGUGAGCGCCGACGUCUGUCUAUGCCUGCUUCAGCUUCCGUCGCCUCCACUCCGAGACCCGCAAGUUCCUCUCCUCGCCUCUCGUGUACUGCUUCCUCUGCAGCCUCGUCUCCUUCUGCUUCAACACCUUCUUCUCCUCAGUCUGCUUCUUUUCGUUCUCCCUCUUUUGCGCAUUCUCACUCGUCGUCGCGCGCUCCCCUUUCGGCGACAUGUUGCGCUGCGGCGUCCGCGCCGGUUUCCUCUGCAGAGAGAGACUCGAAGAGAAACAAGAUGCACACGAUGCAUGCAUCUUGGCAGACAGAUGGAGACGCGGCCUGCGACAGGGAAGAAGACGACGACGCCGAAACCGAGAAGGCUGAAGAAGAAGAAGACACACUCGGAAAAGCUGAGAGCCCCGAGAGGACGGCUGUUGCCAGGACUCUCCGACGCGGUUUAUCCUCUGCAUCUCCGCGACUGUUGUCUUCUGGUUCAUCUCCUUCGUCUUCUGUCCUUCCUUCUUACGCUGCUUGUUCCUCUUCUCUCUCUCUCUCUUCUUCUUCCGACGUAGGUGUCUCCGGCGCCUCACCGAGUGCAUACCCUGCAGGGCCUUCUCUCGGCCAUCCUUGGGAAGCCGUUAGGAGUUGCCACCCCCCCUGGAUGUCUGGCCGCGACUCCGACGAUUUGGAUGACUUGCUGAACGUGGAGGUCGACGCGUGCGGCGUAGAUACACCGUCUGACUCAGCGUUUCUCAGCAACGUUUCUUCGGCUCCAGCGCUCGAGCCGCAGGCGGCUGCGUCGCUUCCUUCGAGUUCUCGCGAGCAUCUUGAGUUCCCCCAUUCUUCGACCUCUCUUUCCUCUCGCUCUCGCUGUUCGUCUUCAUCCUCGACUUCUUCUUCACCUCUCAUGUGUCUCUCUUUUCCAGAACUCCAGCAGAGGCCGGGAGUCGAGGGGCGGGACCUCGCGGCUCUCUCACGAGAAAACGAAGCGGCUGCUUUUUCUGAGACAGAGCAAGAUCCGCGCCUCGCAGGCGAUUUGCCGGUGUCCAGGGACCUCCUCACCUGGCUGCCCCCUCGUCUUCCGAAGACACCGCUGACACCGAUCAAACGACAGACACUCACUCAGUCUACUUUCACCGCCGCUUCCGUCUCUCCUUCCCCUUCUUUUUACCAUCCUUCCUGUACCCCGUCUUCCUCUUCCUCUUAUUCCUCUUCUACGCCAGCGUCCUCUUCCUCUCAUUCUCGUACAUCUUUCCUCAAUUUCUCGGCCUUGCCUUCGUCGGCCUGUGCUUCUUCCGUGUGUCGUGCCGCUCCUUCAUCUUCGAGGUCGGGCGCAUGUCCUGCAAGAGGUUCGCAUUUACCUCGCGAUGCGGGACACCGCCGAGAGGAGACGCAGCCGAAAGAAAACGAGCAAGCAGUCGUGUCUUCGCCGAUCUGCAGAAAAGACGCGCUGCUUGUGUGAGCCAGACGCCGCGGGCUGCAGGUGUACAUACACCCGGACGAAUGGAGGGGGAGCGCUGGCGAGGAGGGCGACUCAGCUAGCCAGUGCAUGUCACCAAGGGGAGAGGGGGGCUUUCUUGCGCAGCAGCUGUUGUAAAAAAGGCCCUGCCAAGAGGGAAUGCGCUGAACGAAGACGCACAUCUUCUGUCGGAAGGAGCAGGGAGAUUUAUUUGACCACGCAUGCGUUGUUUCAUGAUUUCUUCGAGGGCGCUCUGCUCCGAGACGCACCCUCUGAGUUGUCUCUCUAUGGAACCAGUGCAGGGAGUUUGACUCUUCUGAACUUUCAACGCAGUGCUUGUUUCGUAUUUGAACGCGAGCAUCUACCCACACCACAUCGAUGCGAGAUGCGCUGUGUACAUACACCCAGGAGGCGGCCGCGCUUUUGAGAGAACCGCGGAAAACCCGUGCGAGGCAAUCUUCUUUGUUGGGCAGACACACUCUAAUCAAGGGAUUUAUGUGGCAGAUAUGCAGAUGUACUUUUUUUAUAGUGCAUGCGUUAAGCAGCCGUUGUCUUCACUCCGACAAGAGAGCUACAUAAAUAUACAGACACACAACCUAUCACAUCUAAAGUAACAAGGCACAUGUUGUACCAUACAUGUAUACAUAUAUACAGAUAUGUAUGUAUUUA